CAUGAGGCUGGCUGCAAAACGUGAUACUAGAAAGCAAAUUAAUUUGCUCUAAUGUUCUCACUCCAGUCCAUCGUAAACUCCACCAUGACCAAUCGAAGUCCCGAUUGUGUUCUUUGCGUUGGAAGCCAUCCCUUAAAUGCUGCUGCCUGGUACGUAGCUUCGCGAAACCUAUCCCAAGAUCGAAGUUCAUUCGGAAUCAGGUCUUCCAAACUUUCAACUAGAAGACUCUAAGUCGCAUUCGAAACUUUGGCUGCCUAUACGUUCAAUUCAUGGAUAUGUAUUUAAUAAAGCGCAUAUCCCUGAAACCGUAGCGAUUGUAGCUAUCCCUAGCAUGCAGGUUCCCAGAUAAUUGACACCCAUUGACUUUCGUAUCCCAUAUCAUUGCGGUCGAUACCACCAAAAACCAUGUCAUCAUCCAAAGAACUAAAAAUUGGCGUGCUGCUGACUGCCCCUGUACAACUCCUUGAUUUUGCGCCGAUCGACCUUUUCGCCAUGGCGACACCAGAAUACCUCUCCCUGUGCAAUAUCCCACCUCCAAUCGUCUCACUUGCCAAACCCUGCAAAAUCUACAACAUCGGCAAGAAAUCCGCAUCUUCCACAGAUAACGAGAGCGACAAGGACAGAAAAAUCCAACAAGUCACGGCCACAUCGGGCAUCGUUCUUACACACACCACUGCCGACAAGGAGGUCGCACCAGGCAAUCUAGACGUCUUAUUCCUCCCCGGCCCAGAUCCAAACACCAUACCAGACGAGGAAACGCAGGAAUUCCUGCGUGCACAUAACGAGCACAAUACCACCAUUCUCGUCAUCUGCACCGCCGCAUAUACCGCCGGUUACAGCGGGAUAUACGACGGUCGACAUGCCUCAGGCCCAAAGUUCUUGAUUCCCGAGUUGCAGAAGAAGUUUCCCAAGGCGAAGUGGAAUAAUACUCUGCGCUGGGUGCAAGAUGGAAAUAUUUGGUCUGCUGGCGGAAUCACAAAUGGGAAUGAUCUUGUUGCAGCAUAUCUUAGAGCAACAUACCCCGGUCCCGUUGCAGAGAUGGUGUGUACCAUGGCAGACGUCGGUGAUCGGGCGUUGGAGUAUGAUGUAGGUAUGAGACGGGGGAUGCUGUUCGUCCUGUGGCAGGUUAUCAAGGCCUUGCCGUCGUAUAUCUUCCGUUUGAAGUGAUCGUUGUUGUUUAUGCAUGUUAAAUGCCAGUUUACCCCUACCCAUCGUGUGUCAUGAUUGGCUUUCAGGUUAUACCCAUAUCCGCUCAGCAGUAAUUAGCGUUCAAUCAGAGUCAUGUUUGUCAUGCCAACGAUGGUCAAAUUUUUCUACACAGCAGCCCAGCAGGGUGCUAUUACAGUAGCCAAAUAAAGAUUUGAAAACCAUUGCAUUUGAUCUAGGUUACAUCACAAAGGAAACAAAUGGGUAGUAUCAGCCAGGCACAAUAAUCCA